GUCACUUUGGACCACAUAUGCCCCCUUUCUUGAGCCCGGCCGUUCCUGUCCUUAGAGACCUCCAGACUUUGCCCGUCGGCCACCCCCAGAGUGCCGCGGAACUAGGAUUGCUGCCAACGUCCCCAAGCCCUACCCCUUUAACAAGUGACGACGAGGAUGAGGGCGGUAUUUCCUCGGCAUAUCUACGGAGCCCAUUUGCAGGGAACCCUAUUGGAACUGGUACUUCCAGUAACGUGGAGAGGGACUUCAAUAGUUUCUCACAUCGCUCGCACCGUCCAGGAGAUAGUAUCGAUGAUCCGAUUGUCCUUGAUGCUACAACUACGGUGCCCAGCCAUACAACAAAUGUUAUUGAUACCGUUUCGAACAGCCGCCAGCAAAAGGAGUGCGGCACCCGCGGCCGCUCCCUUGAGGAGCAUUAUGAAUGCAAGAUAUGCUUUUGUGAAGUGGUAGACCUUGUGUUAGGCUGUGGUCACGUUUAUUGCUAUGAUUAUUUCAACAAAUUCUUUCACGAUUCUGUGCUCUCCAAAGCCCUGGGAAAUCCUCUAUUGGCCGUUCAGUAUCUAAGGAAGCGACGGUGCGAACCAUGUUGUCCAUUUUGCAAGAAGACUCUUCCCGGCUGUUUCACUCGUCCAGAUAAUCGCGAACGUCUCGUCGGCUUCUACGUUCCUAUGCGCUGCCCAGAUUCAGAAUUCUCUCACUGUUUUGUUGAUGACUACUUGGUGCAGGGUACCAAGUUAAGGAUGCUGUGA